AUGGCCUCCUGCACCUUCGACCAGUUCUUUGACCUUCCUGUCGAGAUCCGGGAUCAAAUCAUCUCCUACCUCUGCGUACUCCCAAAUCCAAUCCAGAUAGGUCCCACGGAAUUCUCCGAGAUCCCUUUCCCGCACGACCUGCUCCUCUCGCACCCGCUCCUCUACGCCGCCGGCUCCGCCCUCUUCUACGAACAGAACCGCUUCAUCCUCAACCUCCAAACGGGGCCCCGCGCCGCCGUCGAGCGCGCCAUCUGCGACGGCGGCAGCUCCUGGCUCCUCGGCAACGACCGGGCCCGCCGCCGCGUGAAGCACCUCGAGCUCUCGCCGGGCCGCCUGGGCAACGUCUUCCAGACCCACGUCUCCCCGGCCGUGGCCGACAUGAUUUUGAACGGCGCCCUGCGGCAUCUCAGGCUCGUGCUGUAUCCGACGAGCGCCGACAAGAUUGUCUUUCACCAGAGCGCCGCCGACGCACAGUCGCGGAGGGCCGCCAUCACGCGUCGUGACGACGCCUUUGCUCACUCCAGGCCGUUUCAGGCUCUGCUGCGGCUGCUGGCUGAUCCGGACUUGGAGACGGCUGAUCUCUACGUGGAUCCCAUCCACCGUGACUUCUGGUGUGAGUUCCAUGAGGGCUUGGCAUGCUGUAAGGGACAGCGGAAAGGGCCGUGGCAACUCAUCCCGAUUGACUGGAGGAGGCUUGCCGCUAGCUACGGCCAGGAUCACGAGCUCAGCAUCGUUCGGGUGGUGGUCUGA